AUGCUUGUAGGCGAACGAGACACAUGUGACAGAGGCGCAGUCAUACUUGUUGUUGCUGUUGGGGUCCACUUUGUUUGUGGACAAGGCAGAGACAGGGUUCGGCCGGUGGUGAACCUAUUUUUGGACGAGUUGGAGGAGGUAGAUCAAUACAGUUGGGCGUCAGGUACACUUGCUUGGUUGUACAGAUACCUUGGUCAGGCGUCUCGAGCUGGUGCAGGGGGUGGCUGGUUGUCUCACACUUCUGCAGUGUUGGAUCUACGAGUAAUUUUCGAGUUUCAGGCCAUCUCACUUUGA